AUGUCAGAUCAGUUGAUUAUAUCAGUGGAGAAUGUACUGAAGUCUGUGAGGGUCGUUGUGGACCAGUGCAAAAAGACAUCAACCAAGAUCAUAUCUAAUUUGCAAUAAAAACUUAUCAAGAUUAAUAGCAUGAUAGGCAAAAAUUAGUUUGGAGUAAUGGAGGGAGAUAUUAACAAUACAAAUAAGCAGUCACUGAACAUCUUGGAGUAAAUAUGUGACGGGCUGGUCAAGUAUCAGACUCAGAUCAGCACCUUGGAAAACAUCAAACCCAUGAAGUUUAAAGUUGACAGAGAGAUUAAGCUUAGUCUUGAAAAGAAAAUGGCGACAAAGGUUAAUAAGAGCUAUACUAACAAGGUCUUCCAGAUAAAUUCAAGUACCUUUAUGUUCUAAGAUAAUAUGCGCAACAACGAAUUUUACAGGAUGGAUCAGUAUAACAACAUGAAAUUGAUCAGUUCAUUUUAAACAGAUUAGUUUGUUAAAUUUGCCUAUGGAUUUGGGAAUAUACUUAUCACAAAUACUGGGUGCUACGACUUAAAAUCCUUCUCUAAGUUUCAGGAGUUCCCAGACUAGAGAGAGUUUGUGGGAGCUAUAGCCUUAGACCCCUAGAACUUACUUAUAUCGCAUUCGCAUUAAAACAAGGUCUCAAUAUGUUAAAUGAACGGCAAUCUACUUGAGAAAAUCAGGUAAAAGAGCUUCACCAAUCAAGAUAAAAACUUCUAUCAUAGUUUGAAGCGCAACCCCUACAGACCGAAUGACGCUUCUCACUACUUUUAUGCACUUCUGAAUAACACUCAGAUCUAGAAAGUAGAGAUUAAUUUAGUGAAGACUAAGGAGAGCAAAAGGUAGGUAAUAGCUAGCAAGAAAGGAGGAAUCCUAGAUUAUGAAUUCACAGAUGAGAUGUCUAUGGCUAUUCUAACAGGGAGUGAGAUCAUUUUGAUGGACAUGCAAAAUCAUCAGUAGCAUAAAAUUAGAAAGGUCGGGGCAUUUCAGCAGCAGUUGCUCUUUAGUCUACCAAUAUUUGAUCUAAGUCUAAUGCCGAUAAUUCUGGGACAGUCGAACAAUAAUACACUGCAGAUAUUCGAUGUGACAAGGACUGGGUUUCACUCAAAGCCACUUCAACUUGAAGGUCUAGAGAUAGCUGGGCAAGUUAAGUAAAGUGAGACUAUAAAUGACAAUAUAAAGAAAGAUCCAAGAGAAACUAGGAACAUGGAAAAAGCCUUUACAGACAAGACCAAUGAUGACUUCUUCAGGGAAAUAGCCAUAUUGGAAACAGAGCUCUACCUCAAAAAGAAGACCAAUACUUUUGAUGGAAAACUCACCGAAAAGGAGAAAAAUAGGAGAGGCAUGAGAUCUCAGAGCAAGGAGUUCAAGAAGCUAAUGAAGUUCGGAUUCUCACUCUAGAAGAACGACCUUCCCUUUUAGUUUGACUCUUAGAAGUUUAAGAAUGCCUAGUUCAGUGAGCAGGUAGACAUGAUUAAGCUAGUUGUCUACCAGCUGACUCAACUUUAGAAGUAGUCUGAGAUUAUGUAGAGUGGCAUAGAUGUCAUUGUCACAGAUAUGCAGCAAAUGGUUAAGAUGGUUUAUGACCAGUCGAAUAUGUCUUUAAGACAAGUGGAGAAAAGACUCACGACUUUGGUUGAAAGUAAACUCCAGAUCACACAAGACGAUGUCGAGUUUUUUACAUAGGCUGCUUUGAGGCUCGACAAUUUGUAGAAGCCAAUCAGAAUAUACAGAGAAACUCAUAAGUAGAUCUCACACCAGAAAUUCCUAAUCAAAUCAGUCUGCAAUAACUAUAACUUUGACCUAGACUACGAGAUAGACACAGGACUAAAGUACAAAGGUUAUGAAUAAAAGAUCAAGCAUGUUAGCCCUCAGAUCAUAUUCCUUCAUACUAAUGAUGAUACAACUGAUCUUGGCCAAAAUGAGUUUAACUUGAUAAAGACAUUCAAAGGCAAGUUGAAGUUUAUGUAUCAACAUGAGGAUAGAUUGAUUUGCGACAGUGGAAACAAGAACUGA